AUGGAGUCCGACGACGAUUAUAGGACCCUAGGCUCCUUCAACAAGUAUCUCAAAAUCAUCAAGGGCCGAGACAAUCCCCACAGCGCAGUCGACGACAGGACAUCACCUCACCCAUGCGCCCCAACCACUCUGUCAUCGGCGAGCAAGCCGACGAGUACCAAGGACAGCCAGAUGUCGACACGUUCGCACCGCAGCUCCAUCUCGUCGACAGUCUCGUCCACCAUCACUGACCUGAGCGACGGCCGGCCGGGUCUGAGGGACCGCAACUCGGCCAUUGCGUCGUCCUCCUUCUCGUCGUCGACGAGUCUCGAGUCGAACCGCACAACCUCGCUCGCGGAGCUCCAGCGUGACCCACUCUUGAGGGAGUUCCCCAAACCGCCUGACCAGGUCGAUAUUGAAGAGAUGCUCACCAGGCCGCCGGGCAAGUGGUCGCUCGGCCACUACUUCAACAAGUCUAGGCAUGCUGCUAAGGAGACGACGCUGAAGCCGACGCUGGAAGAUCGAAAGGGCGAGUUGGAAGAAGCAAAGAAGCAGUUGAUUGCGGCGAGGAAUGAGAUUCGGCAGCUCGGAACGAGACGUCCCUGA